AUGUCAGACUCAGCUAUCGUGGUGGAGAGAGAGAAUACGAUUUUGGGACAGGAGUUUGCCUUCGUGAAGCUGUCGCGAGGCUUCUUUGGCCCAAAACUGAAUCAGGCGCAUCCCCCUUGCGGUCCCCGGGUCCUGACGCCGGCCAUGUGCUGCAACCAUUACUUGGAACUCUCGCUCUUGAGAAACCUUCCAAACUGGCAGCAGAAGAGAUCCAAUAUUGGCGAUAAUGAGAGCGUCGGUGUGGCCAUGGGACAGAUUGUGCAUCUCCCCAGCUGUGAGAGCCAACAUUUCAGCAGGUGCGUGGAUGGAAGAGGCGUUGAUGGAGGGGUCUUAACACAAGAUGAAGAACAGGCUGCUAGAAGAAUUUAUGUUGAUGUUUAUGGUAAUUUAUGA